UUGGCCUCCCUCUCGCGCUCUACCCUUUACCCCCCCCACCUCCCGCUCCGUCUGAGGGGCGUGGUCUAAGCGCCACGCAGGGGGCGGAGCCGGGCCAGGCCGGGGGCGGGGUCUCUUCCUCGGCCCUGAGGGCUAUCGUGGGGCCGCAGGAUCGGCCGCUUUUCCUUAGCUUCUCUCGCGGUGGUGGCGGCAGCAGCGGCUCCUGCAGCCUCAGCAGCCGCCUGCGGCUGCAUCCGGAGCUCCGCGGGUGCGAGGCGCGUCAUGGGCGCCGGUCCCGCGCCCCAGCGCGCGCCCCAGGCAGCAGAGACAGCAGCCCGGCUCCCGGUCACGGCUCCGGCCCCGGCCCCCGAGGGCCCCCCGGGGCCUGGGCGUCGGGCCCCUCCGCGGUGCGGCGCCUGAGUGCCCCCCACCCCGCCAUGGCCACGGAGCCCCCAGCUCCGCGGCCGCGCCUGCCCGGCCCGGCCCCCGCGUCCCCAGCCACGCCCGCUGGGGCACCCCCAGCUGCCCCACAGCCGGCGCUCCCCGGCUCACCUUCGCCGCCGCCCCCGCCUCUUCUCAACGGCUGCGUCCCGCUCUCUCAUCAGGUUGCCGGGCACAUGUAUGGCAAAGACAAAGUGGGCAUCUUGCAACACCCAGAUGGCACAGUCUUGAAGCAGCUGCAGCCACCGCCCCGGGGCCCCAGGGAGCUGGAGUUCUACAACACAGUUUAUGCUGCUGAUUGUGGGGACAGUGUUCUCCUAGAGCUACGGAAAUAUUUGCCAAAAUAUUAUGGCAUCUGGUCACCACCUACUGCACCAAAUGAUUUAUACCUAAAACUGGAAGAUGUGACGCAUACAUUUAACAAGCCCUGUAUAAUGGAUGUAAAGAUAGGGCGGAAAAGCUAUGACCCAUUCGCCUCUUCUGAGAAGAUUCAGCAGCAGGUCAGCAAGUACCCAUUAAUGGAAGAGAUUGGGUUCUUGGUGCUUGGCAUGAGGGUUUAUCACGCUCAUUCGGAUAGUUAUGAAACUCAGAACCAGCAUUAUGGAAGAAGUUUAACGAAGGAAACAAUUCAAGAUGGAGUUUCCAGAUUUUUUCAUAAUGGGUACUGUUUGAGAAAAGAUGCAAUUGCUGCCAGCAUUAAGAAGAUUGAGAAAAUUCUUCAGUGGUUUGAAAGCCAGAGUCAACUUAACUUUUACGCAAGUUCCUUACUGUUUGUUUAUGAAGGUUCAUCCCUGCCAACUGCUAACAGAUUGGGUGACGGGACUUCAGCAGAGAAGGCCUUUUGGUCCAAAGGACAGCUGCCAGAGGCAGAGGUUCUCGAGUAUAACAACAACAUUCACUUACUGAGUUCUAAAGAGAAUGGAAAAGUGGGGGCUUCUGUCGGCAAAGUGUACGUGCAUCAUAAAGAAGCCUAUUCAAAGAAUCAUCAUGGUCAGACUCCGUUGAAAGUUGAAAAUGGGGAGCAAGGCAAUGUAUGGAAAAGCAGCAAUUGCAUAUCCCAGGAACACUUGAAUGGCAAUGUACUCUCUCAACUGGAAAAAGUCUUCUACCACCGUCCCGCGGAGCCCCCUGAAAGUUCACUUGUGGAAGUGCGGAUGAUUGACUUUGCUCACGUGUUCCCUAGCAACACGAAGGAUGAGGGAUAUGUCUAUGGGCUGAAACAUCUAAUUACUGUACUGCAAAAUAUUUUAGAUAAUUAAAUUCUUUGCUACGUUCUUUUUACGGGGCCAAUGCUAAUGAAGAGCAGCAACAAAUCUCUGCCCUUGUAAUGUUAUGUAACAGAUUUGUAUUGUGAUUCAACUACAUUUUAUUUGUCUUUGUACUUUUGGGUAGAAGGGUUAACUUUUUAUACUCUUACUCAGGAAAAUUAAUGAAUAGUCAUUAGAAAACUAUGAACAAAUAAAAGACAUAGGAAAUGUUAAACAGGGCACGGACGUGGUGUGGUACGUGAUAGUAUGUAUCUGUUUGGCCUAAGUUAAAUAAAAACUCUUGAGUUCGAAGGAUUUAGUUUUAGCUUCCUGUAGCAAAUUCAUCAGUGCAUCCCCUGUCCACCCAGCCUUGACAUUGAGCCAUAGAAAUGGAAACAGAAAGUGAUUAGAAAACAGCCGGAAAACUAGAAAGGGCAAGUUGAUGUCCUCAACCUCAGUAGUGGCCCUGGACCAAGUUCCUAAACUGGACAAACUCUUGAAUCGAUGAAGUGAUGAUGAUAAGGUCUAGAUUCUUUCUUCCAUGUUCAGACCAGCAUAUCACCAGGUGCUAAGGUGCUUCUUUCUCAAAGUGGAUACUAUUCUUGGCACAUUUUAAGAAUAGACAAUCUCUUUCAUUUCCAGAACAGCUUGUUUGAAAGACAAUAGAUUUCUUCUACUGUCUAUCUGGCAUGAGAAAAAAUGGUUUGGAAUCUGAAGAGCAUUAAUCAUUAUUGCCCAAGGAGAAAAAGAAAAAUGUUUUUCUCUUUUUAAAAAAUCUUGCAUUUCAGAGAUAAAUGUAUUUUUACAGUUUACUUCUCUGACAGAAUCCAAACUCUUAUGGAAUGGAGGAUUGAACUAAUGCCCUUAACAAUUUUUAAAUUUUAAUAAAAUUUUUGCUCCUAGAGGUAAUGAAAUAUUUCAUUUUUACCAGCAUUUGUUUGAAAAGAACAUAUGGACCUGUUGUUAAAGCGGUGUCUCAAUUUUCAUAAGCAAGGACAGCGGUUAUAAGUAUGAGUCAUUAUUUAGAAUCAGAUUGUUUUUUUUUGGUGUAUUAUAAUAGAAUUCUGUGCUUUUUUCAUAAAAUCCAUCUUUCUGCUAUUGUUAUUCAAGUCAGUAGAAAUAGUCUUACAUUUCUGAUCAUGCCUAAAGAUGACUUAAACCUUUAGAAUCGAAUUUUAUCGAGGGAAGAUGCCACUUUGCACACAUUCUUAGAUAUUUUUAUAUAAAUUGAAAAAUUGGAUGCUUAAGUAUUUGUGGUAAGUGAACAAGGGGAAAAAAAACCUUUCAUAAUGCCAAAAGCUUUUUUUUUUUUUUUGAGAUUGCAUAUCUGAAACUUUUCCCAUUCAUUUUUGGUAAAGGCAAGGGGCUACAUUUUGUAGUCUUUUGCUUGUGAUCAAGUCGGUCAUAAUUUGAAAGACUAGUUUAUAAUGGAAAAUGCCAUUUGGAGUUCAUUUAAGCUUAGUUUCAGUUUUGCUUAAAGGCGAAAAUGUAAGGCAAAAUACUUUUAGUUCUGGUUCCAAGGUUGACUUUCCAGUAUCUUGCAAACUACAGUCAGAGUCUGCUGGAAAAAGUCCAUCGGCAAUCCUUUGAUCUUUUUGUUUUUAGGGGCCUAAACUAAGUUGAAGAGGAGGUGUUGAUUAUGGCUUUAAAAAAAUCUUUUCCUGUUGCAAUCCAUAUCCUUAUCCUUGUAUUUUGCUUCAUUUCUAAAUUUGCCACAUUCCAGGAAAAUACUUGCUUAGCCAUGGGUUGUUAUUUGGGUCUUUCACACAACAGAUAAGUUUUUUUUUUAAACCAUUGGUAAGGGUGAGAGUUAUUUGUUUUUCUAAACCCUAGGGUUGAUUUCUUUCUUUUUACUUUGGGGGGGGGUGGGGUAGGGCUUUGAGAUAGAGGCGGGGAGAGUGGGGAGGAUGAUGAGAACGAUCUUGACUUCCUAAAACUAAGAGACCCGACUGCAGAAUGCUCCAGUUUAAGAAAAUAGAGCUCCUCUGUAGGAGUUCAUUUUGUGAUUGAAAAGUACCUCAAUAAAUUCAGCCCCUUUUCUAAAUCUGGUUGUGUUUUACAGUUUUAUCAAAAAAGAAAAUAAGUGCAGUUGACCCUGUAGUUGUUUAGUUUUGAGAAUUGGCCCCAAAUCCUCUGAUAGCAGUGAUUGGGCUUUUGUCAUAUGUUCUCCCUGUCUUAAGCUACAUCCAUCAUGAGGCCAGCAGAAUAAUGGGGAAGUCUUUGGUUUGAGAAAGAAAAGCGAAGACAAGUCAAAUCCAAGAAAUCUCCUUAAGAACGAUCAUUAACAUUAUGAGUUCGUUAAACCCUAAACUCAGAAGAUUAAGGUUAUUUUAAGCCUGAUUUAAAUAUGGUGAGAGCCUUUGUGCAGAAGAGCAUUUAUGUGUCAACUCUGAUUUAGAGAAAGUCGUAUUAUUUGCAGACUAUUUUUGUUGUUGUUGCACAUUCUAGAUCAGUAAAGUAUGGAAUAAACACACCAGACUUGCUAACACCUGUUAUUGCAGGUAUAUUAUUAUGAGAUCAGUAUCUUAUUUUUGGCUAGUUUACUGAUCACUGAAAUCCAAUUUUUACAUGAAAAGAGUUAAUUACUGUUAUCUUUUUUCAGGGAUGGGAUUAGAUUUUAAUUUUUUUGUUUACACUUUGAUGUCAUUGUCAGUCAAGACCCCCUUUGUAACUUCUUUAUGUAGCAUAUGUGAAUCAGAUUAGAUUUGGUUGAACAACUGAUUCAAGUUAAAAACCAACUAUCAAUAUUUAGGGAUUUGUGCUAAAAUUAACCACUGUGGGGACUCAUAUUCACUAUUUAGCAAACAUUUGAGUGUAUAAGAGUUUUAAUUUUAAGCAAUAAGCAUGACAGAGAUCUGAGUUGUCAUAGUUAUCAAAGGAGACAUCACAAAUACUGAUUUUUAGCAUAUUCCCUGUGAAUGCACCCACUCAGAGGACUUUCUGAGAAUUGUGAUAACUAUGUAAAAGUUUCGCUAAUAAAAUUGAAAUUAUACAAUAGUUUUUAUAACAAAGUAUUUACGUUAAUUGGUAUUUUUAAUACGGAUGGAAGUUGCAUAGAUUACGAUGAAUCACAAGCUAUUAAGCAAUUAUAAAAAUGUUCAAUAUUUUAUCUAGUUUUAAAAAAAAACCUAUGAAAACUUGUAUAUUAAAUUGCUUCAACAUGGGGCUUGUAUUUUCAACUCGAUGUUCAUUAAUUGUUAUAUAUGUACACAGAAAGAUAUUUUUUUUCUUUUUUACACAUUACCAGUCCACUAUUUCCAGGUUUUAGAUUGCAAACAAGUAAAGCUUUUUGACCUCUCAGCAUGGAUAUAAGUGAAUGUUUUAGAGCAUUGGCAUUACCCAAGGUGCUGGAUUUCAAAGUUCUUUUUAUGUAUUUGGGAUAAUAUUUUAAAAAAAAAUCUAGAUGAGAGGAAAGUGGAUAGAAUCUUUAAGAUAUUUGCUGUCAAAUAAUAGAAAUCUAGUUUACAGUGUCCAUUUUAAGGAGUUGCCAUCGCCUUUCAUCAAUACUUUUGCCAUUUGCUAAUAUAAAAUUUUGUUUGCUUCUCAAAUUGUUUACAUUACCUCGCAAUAACUUCCCUAUUGAGUGCCUUCAACCCUUGAUUUGGUAUCUUUGUAACCUUAUUUAGAGAAUCAAUGACAUCCCAGGAUGGAGUUUUCAUGAGGCUUGUAAUGUCAAGGCUAAUUCGUAAAAAAUGUCAAAUGUUCAAAAAACAUGGAACACUUCCAAUACUUUAUGUGAUAACAAAUGAAAUGUCUUAUUAAAACUCAGUCACCAUCUAAGAAAAAAAUAAUAAAAUUUUAAAAUGUGAUUAUUUUCAGAGAUCAAAUUUAGUUUGAUACUUAGAAGAUGCGAAUUAUUUUUUAAAAAACCUCCAAAAAACCUUUAGAUAAAUUCGUGUUGAGUAUCCAGCAUUCAGAGUUGAAAUGGCUACUAAAAUAUGGCUGGAAAUGUUUUGAGUUCAUACUAUCCAACAGCAUUACCCCUACUCAAUCCUAGAGUUUGUGUAAUGAUGAUAGAUAACAUCCAAAGGCCUUAAAAGUUUUUGUUUUCUUUUUAAUUUCUUAUCCAGAUGGUACAUUUUACUUAUAGUGUUCAUUCAAUGAUGUAUAAAGUAGAAUAAUGUAGUAAAUUACUGUGAAGUACAUUCCAUUCCAUAUCCACAAGCAAAAUACUACACAUUUUUAUCAUAAACAAUCGUAGACCGUGGUCAUCCUCUGUGUUUUCAAAGUGCAACUACUUUGAAUUUGAUAGUGAGAAUAAAAGUUCUUUUUUGGAAUGUAGGCAAAAAACUUGUAAUAUAUAUUAUUCAUGUUUUAGAAAGGUUAAGGGCUCCUGUUCUUGGAGUCAAUGUUCAAAUCAGUUCUUCUCGAUUACUUUGAUAGACUCCGAUAUGGGGGAUUAUACUCAAGAGAUUAAACAGUAAUUAGUACUUUCAAGUCUUUUCUUUGAAAUUUUAUAGUUGUUGGGUUGAGUUUUAAUCUGGUGUUCACCUACAGUAUGUAUUAACAGUUUUAAUGAAGUGAAAUGUUCUAUAACCAAUGUAUAUUGCACCUGCAUAUAAAGAAAAUCAAGUGCACAAAGACACUUUAUUACUCUGGGAACUGGACUGGAAAGUGUAUGAGAAUAUGUGAAAUUGCACCUAAAGUUUUGUCAUUAACUGAUGAUUAUAAAAACUGAAAAGCUAAAUUUAUUGUACUUGAAUGAAUGUACUUAGUCUGGUCUUAGUUACUUUGAUUUAAAUGUCUAAAUGAUGUCUUCUUAAAAUGUGUUUGACUGUAAUCCAUGCUGUUUGCUAUUGGGGGUUCAUUAUUGGACUGCAGGGGUUGUUGAUAUGUAAUUUGUGUUCAUUUUAUAGAAUCAUCUAUACCAAUUUUUUAAUUUAAGUGUUAUUUAGAGAAUCCUAAUAGCUGUAUAUUUGGCAAACUAUUAAAAAUUUCAGUGCUGUUUCCCCCCCUUGAUUUAUAGCAAAUACCUAUUUCUCAUUAUGUAAUAACAUAACUUGAUAGAAUGUUUGUGCUUUGCAGACCCUUAUGCUUAUUUCUAUACUUUGUAGCAGAACGUUGUUCCUUUUAGAGAAACAUCCCUGCAUUAAACACGGCACCCUAUGCAUUUUAUUAGGCCAAUCUCUUGGGAAUAGCUGUAUCAUAGAAUGCUUGUCCAGUUAUGUGUUCAAGUUAGGAAAAAAUUAUUUAAGGAUUUAUGUUAAGAAAAUUAACCACUGCAGGGACUCGUGAUCACUAUCUGACAGAGCUGAGCGAGUGUCGGAGAGUUUGAAUUGAAACAAUAAGCAUGAUGAGAACCUUUUACAUCAAUAGGGUUAUCCUAGUUGUCAAAGGAAGCAUUACAAAGAUUGGUUUUGCCAUAUUCCCUGUGAAAUGCACCUGCUCAGAGGACUUGCUGAGAAUGACGAUAACUGUAAACAUUUAAUAAAAUGGAAAUUAUACAAUA